AUGCCCCACAGCAAUCGCAAGAGAAACCUCAAGCACCCUAAGCGUCUCGAAGUCACCGACCCCAGCGGCUGGACGCACGUCACCGCGGGCGGAAAAAGCGCCCGUCGAGCUCUCCGUGCCACCCAACAGCACCAUGACAACCCAGAACAGGGCGAACAGUCCCAGAUCCUUGUCCCCGCCGAAGCGCCGGCACAGCUGAAUUUGGAAGAUCUUCAAGCACAAUUCCGAGGGUAUCAGCAGCGAUGGGAGGGGUCGGACAGUUGGAGGGUGGUCGAAAGGGCAUUGUCGUCGGCCACAGGGAAAGUGGAUCGCAUUGUCUGCGUUGGACUGGGAAGUCCGAGCGGGUUUCUGAAGGGCGGUUGGGUGGAUAGAAGGAGCGUGUCAAUGUAUCAGCUCGCCGGGUUGGUGAGCGUUGUGGAUUGCAUGAAAAAAUCAAUUCCGAAUCUCGAAGUCUUCGCUCAGGACCCUGUGUUCAAUACCCAUGACCGAUCCCUGCUCGCUUCUCUUGACAUUGUUGUUCUCGAUCACCCCCAUGGCUUCGAAAAAGUCUGCCCGGGCACUCUCCUCUAUUGUCCCGGCGCGGAACGGACGCACCUUGAACAGCUUCUUUCUCGUGCGCCUACACUGGCUUUUGGUGGGCCAUUAGAAGACAUCGAGUCGGAGGCUGUGAAGCAGUUCGUGGAAUCAAGGAAGUCCGUUAGGGUCCCGCGGUUCGAAGACAUGGAACAUGCGUUCUGGAAUAUGAAAGUAUAUUCACAUGAGAAUGAUGAGCAAUAG